AUAUAAAAAUAAAUGGUACAUUAUAAGAAGAGGAAAUUUCUCUAUGUAUACUUUAACAUGCUUUACAUUCACACAGACUUUCUGUAAAGUAUUUACAAGGUAUUUGGUGAAUGCGUAACAUAGACGUAAACAAUCGUUAAAAUAAGAACCACUCUACUGUACAUACACGUGAAAAAACAUCCAUCUGUCAUUAUAAAUCAUAAAGUAUUCAUCUACCAUUGAAAAUGUUUACGGUAUAACAUAGCUGUGUAUAAAGACCUGAAUGUGUAAGCAUUCGAGAUGAAUACGCGUUGCUACUGAUACUUUAUCUCUCUUUUCUUGCCGGUCAAAUGGAUCAAUUGCCCGCGAUUUUAAUACGAGCCAAGUGCAUACAUAGCAAAGUGUUACAUAAGUUUAUGAUAACUCGUUAACCUAUGAGCAAAUAGUGACAACUGUCUUGGAAAUAUGUUUUUCUCAGUAAUCUGAACGACGUCUCGGUGGAUUAUUAAGUUUAUUUCAUUCCAAGUCGUAAGAAGGUUCUACCGACAACUAUGAAGAGCUUAAUUAAUUCAAUCGACGAUGCUGUCACGGAAACUCUGUUUGGUUUAUCUUACUCUUACCCGCAACUCGAGUAUCAAGUAUCACACAAAGUCGUUCUAAUGCCAAACCUCGAGAAUCGAAAGAAUAAAGUUUCUAUUAUAUGCGGCGGAGGAAGUGGACAUGAACCUUUUGGAGCAGGUUUUGUUGGAAGUGGUAUGCUAACUGCUUCUGUAGCAGGUUCCAUAUAUGCUGCACCACCAUCGCAACACAUUUCCUAUUGUAUCGAACGUGUUACGCAACAUACUCAAGCUGGCGUUUUGGUAGUGGUACCGAAUUAUACUGGUGACUGUCUCAAUUUUGGGAUAGCGAUCGAAAAAGCAAGACAAGCAGGCUUGAAGGUAGCAGAGAUAAUUGUGAACGAGGACUGCAGUAUACCGAAUAAGGAUGUAGGCGUUGCCGGUAAACGCGGAUUAAGUGGGCUACUAUUUGUUAAUAAAAUAGCCGGCGCGCUGGCUGAAAGAGAAUUACCCCUUGAAGACAUUCAUAAAAUUGCGCAGAAUGUUUUAGAAAAUAUGGCUACUUAUGCAGUUGGAUUAACUACAUGUGCUAUACCUGGGCAACCGCCAAUGUUUGAACUUGCGGAAGACGAAAUAGAAUGUGGAAUGGGGGUUCAUGGAGAAGCUGGAUACGAGAAGAUGAAAUUAAGAACGUGUAACGAAGUGGUUUCAUUCAUGCUGAAACGUAUCUGUGAUUCGCUACCCCUAGUUAGCGGGGAUUCAGUUGCGGUAAUUGUUAAUAAUUUUGGAGCGCUUAGCCAGUUGGAACAAGGAAUCGUUAUUCAUGAUUUGACGAACCAGCUUCGGAGCAUGGACGUAAAACUUUUGCGCUUGUACUCUGGACUCCUGAUGACGUCGUUAAACAGUGCUGGAAUACAUAUUACCGCUUUGAAAUUGCCUGAAUGCCAUAAAGAGAUAUUUAUCAGAUGUCUCGACGAUCCUACUAGCGCGCCACGAUGGCCAGGUUGUGCAUAUAGUAUUCCUUUGGAAAAUAAACAAAUAAUUCCCGAAGAUAAAGUAACACGAAGUAUACAGCAGGUUGGGAUACAAAUUAAUACACAAUUGCAAAACCUACUGAAACAGUGUUUAAAGAAUGCCUGUGAAAGCAUAAUUGAAAAAGAAACUUUGAUCAAUGAUCUGGACAGAGGCUGUGGUGAUGGUGAUUGUGGUACAACACUCAAAAGGCUUGCUUAUGAGAUUUUGCAAGGCUUAGAUAAUUAUUAUUUAUCGCAUCCUUCGUCCGUUUUUUCCGAAUUGGCUCACAUUGCUGAAGAACAAAUGGGUGGCACAUCUGGUGCAUUGUAUUGCUUAUUUUUUACUAGUAUUGCCACAGAAUUAGUUUCUGCUCAACCAACAGAGGGUUGGUUACACAUCGUUGCGCGAGCGUUACGCAGUGGUUUAAAUUGUUUAAUAAAAUAUGGGAAAGCUAAACCAGGAGAUAGGUCCAUGAUUGAUGUGAUCAAUGCUGUUUGCGAAACAUAUGAAAAGAUGUUGCAUAACCAAUUGGUUGAAAUAUGUACUGCUGUGAAAACAGCAGCUUGGCAAGCAUGUGAAGCAACAAAACAUAUGGAGCCCAAGGUUGGACGAGCUAGCUAUGUAAAACAACUUCAAUAUCUGCAAAAUGUAGAUGCUGGUGCACAUGGAGUUGCCACAUGGAUUGGUGCCAUUACUGAUGUAAUUAAGAGUAUAAAACCCUAAUCUUAAGCAAUUAAUUAAUAAAGUAUUUUACACUAAU